ACAGUGUUGUUACUACUACUACUACUACUACUACUACUACUACUACUACUACUACUACUACUACUACUACUACUACUACUACUACUACUACUACUACUACUACUACUACUACUACUACUACUACUACUACUACUACUACUACUACUACUACUACUACUACUACUACUACUACUACUACUACUACUACUACUACUACUACUACUACUACUACUACUACUACUACUACUACUACUACUACUACUACUACUACUACUACUACUACUACUACUACUACUACUACUACUACUACUACUACUACUACUACUACUACUACUACUACUACUACUACUACUACUACUACUACUACUACUACUACUACUACUACUACUACUACUACUACUACUACUACUACUACUACUACUACUACUACUACUACUACUACUACUACUACUACCACUACUACUACUACUACUACUACUACUACUACUACUACUACUACUACUACUACUGCUACUACUACUACUACUACUACUACUACUACUACUACUUUGACGUUUAACAAGAAUAAUGAAUGUAUUUAUCACAAUUUAAAAUAA